AUGAAACCCAUCCAUCUUCUCUCAUCGCUCGCCAACCUCCUUCUUCUUGCUCAAGUCGAAGCUGUGGCGGACUUCACCAACAACAUCGUCUUCACGCCCCGUGAUGACUACACGAGCUGGAAAACCAUCUACGGCCGUUCCGUGCAGUUGCAGGAUGGCUCGCUCCUCGUCACCUGGGAGGAUUAUGCUCCUGAACCCCCAUUGGCUCACUUUCCUAUCUGGAAGUCUGUCGACGGCGGAGUGACUUGGUCUGACUUUGUCAACGUUACCGACCAGGUCAAUGGCUGGGGUUUGCGAUAUCAGCCUCACUUCUUCGUUCUGCCCGAAGAUCUGGGAGAAUACAAAGCAGGCACACUCAUCUUGUCUGGAAUGUCACUUCCCGCAGACCUCAGCGAGGCCUGGCUCGACAUGUAUACCAGCACCGACGGUGGUGAGAACUGGGAGUUUGCCAGCCACGUCGUCUACGCACCGGGUCCCGAAACUACCAAGAAUGGGGACAAGGCGGUCUGGGAGCCGUUUCUCCUCAUGCACGAUGGCAAACUCAUCUGCUACUACUCGGAUCAGCGUGAUCCGUCUCACGCUCAGAAGCUUUCUCAUAUCGUGACCAAGGAUUUGAAGAAUUGGUCCGAUCCCGUCGACGAUGUUGCUCACUCGACGUACAAACAUCGCCCAGGCAUGGCCAUUGUUGCGCACAUUGAGUCUACCGACAAUUAUAUCAUGACAUACGAACUCUGUGAUGGCCCUGAUGGUGGCUGCCCUUCGUACUACAAGGUCUCCUCGUCGCCAUACGACUUUGGCAGUGCUGAGGAACACAAGAUUCUGUCCAACGACACCAACACCAACCCCGGUUCAUCCCCGUUUGUCAUCUGGACGCCUCAUCCUGAGCGAGAUGAUGGCUCAGGCUUGAUUAUCAUGAAUGGGUCAGGCCGUGAAGAAGUUUUUAUUAACGAGGACGCGGGGGAGCCAGACGGCUGGAAGAUGGUGGAUGUGAACCAGUGGACAUCGCACUCGCGUUGCUUGGAGAUUAUCGAGGUAGAGGGGGAGAGGAAGCUGAUGAUUACUGGUGCUGGACACAUGUCUAGAGAUACUGAUAACCUUGUCGCCGUGGGCGUGGUUGAGAUUCCCACUUAG